AGUACACGUUAAUCCGGUUGUAUAAUGUAAGGCUAAUUUUAGUUUUUAAGGAAAUGAACAAAAUGCAAGUUACAACCGAUCGGUCUUAACAAAAGAACAAGAUGCAUCUUAAGAAGCGAGUGUGAGCAUGUAUGUAAGUAUACUAUUUUGAGCGCGAGAACAUCCACCAAUCGAAACAUUCGCUGUUCAGUUUAUCAGUGCGCGCCACGCUCUCUUCACUUGGCCGCCUAUGCGUCAAGACUUACGCGGGUUCUUAUAAAUACAGCGCGCAACGGCAGGAAUCUGUGCAUGUUAUGUUAACUUCACUGUAUAAUAAUAUAAAUAGUAUUAUAAAACGCAUGAGAGAGAAGUCUUAAAUCACUGUUUCUGCUUAAAUCCAAUUAGACUAUUUCUGAAUUGUGUGACGAGCAGUAGUUAACAGUUUGAUGCAGUGCAAUAUCUAAAAAUUUUAAGAUAAAACUAUGGUUGAACCAAAGAAGAAAUGUAGACAAUAUAAUGUCGAAUAUUUGAAAUAUGGCUUUAUUGAGUCACCCACAAACAACACAUUACUAAUGUGCCUGAUUUGUCAAAAAGUUUUUUCCAAUGAAGCUAUGGAACCUUCAAAAUUAAAAGAUCACUUGAAAAAAGCUCAUACUGAUAACGAAGAUAAAGAUUUAUCUUAUUUUCAAGCACUCAAAGAGCAAUUUUUGAAACGAUCAACGUCGACAGAUAUAUUUGCAACCACAUCCAAACAAGAGAAUGACGGGUUACGUGCCUCUUACAACAUUUCCUUACUUAUCGCUAAAUCGGGAAAACCACAUACUAUUGGUGAAGAAUUGAUCCUACCAGCUGUUAGUGAGGUUCUGCGUACUGUACUGCACAAGUCAGCGGAUGAUAUUAUUAAGAAAAUUCCUUUGAGCAAUAAUACAGUGCAACGACGAAUUGAUGAAAUGGCCCAGGAUGUGGAAGUCUCAUUAUGUGAUUUUUUAAAAACAACCCAGUUCUCUUUACAACUUGAGGAAUCUAUUGUAACAGGGAAUGAAGCUUUACUUUUAGCAUACGUUCGAUUCAUAAAAGAAGAAAAAAUUUGCCAAGAAUUAUUAUUUGCUAAACAAUUGAUAAUUAGCACUAAAGGAGAAUCGAUAUUUAAUGUAGUGAAAGCGUUUUUUAAAGAAAGGGAAAUUCCUCUGAAUAAUAUCAUAUCAAUUGCUAUUGACGGUGCUUUAGCGAUGGUAGGGCGUUAUCGCGGUUUUAUUUCAUUUUUCAAAAAGUCGGUGCCAAAUGUAUGCGCUGUGCACUGUGUGAUUCAUCGACAACAUUUAGUUGCAAAAAACCUUAGUGAUCGCCUGCAUUGCUCAUUACAAUACGUAAUUACAGCGGUUAAUAAAAUUCAUGCACUCAAGGAUAGAUUGUUUAGACAGAUUUGCAUUGAAAACGACGAAGACUUUAAUCGUUUGCUAUUCCAUACAGAAGUACAUUGGCUGUUAAAUAGUGCUUGUUUAAAUCGAGUUUAUAAUCACUUUGACUUAGUUAUAAAAUCUUUUGAAAACAAAGAUAAUUUAUUAAGAAACAACUUAAUAAAAGUCAAAAGUGACAUAGCUUAUUUGACAGAUUUAUAUAACAAAUUUAAUAAAAUAAAUUUGGAGCUGCAAGGAGAUGAACUGAAUUUGAUCAAAACUAAGUCUAUUAUUUCUGCGUUUAUGUCAAAACUACUCUUGUACAAACGCAAGUUAGAACGUGGAGUGUUUUACCAGUUUCUGAAUCUUUCCUCGGUGAAAAAACGUGAUGAUGAAGUUCUGAUUUAUUGUCAACAUUUACAGGCACUCCAUAAUGAUUUUAAUAAUCGAUUUGAAGAUAUUCUUACUAUGAAGAUUCCCGCUUGGAUUUUAGACCCAUUUUCUAGUACUGAAGAAACAGAAUUGCAAUUACAAGAAGAAUUAAUUGAAUUAUCAACAAACGAAGAAUUAAAAUUUAAAUUUAAAAAUGGGUAUCAAGCAUUCUGGUUGCAAAAGCAAAUACCCACACUUUAUCCUCAAUUAUGGGCUGUGGUAAAAAAAUUUUUAAUUGCAUUUCCGUCAUCCUAUUUAGUUGAACGUGGAUGUAGUGCGGUCGCAAGUCUUUUUCUUAAACAGAGAAACCUCCUGCAAAUAGCUGAUCGCGGAGACUUAAGGAUACUGCUGACAAAUAUAAAGCCGAAUAUUGACAAAUUGAUAGCAGCACAUCAGGCUCAUCCUUCUCAUUGAUAAUUAUUUUAUCUUUAUUAUCUUUAAUUUUACGGAUUUUAUUGAUAAUCACUAAUAAUAGUGAGCAAUCUUAUAUGUUUAUAUGCAAUUUCUUUGUUAUUUCAUGUUAUUAUAAUAAAAAGUUUUAACAUUUCAGUUCCAAGUUUUAUUUCCAACCUAUCUUUUUGAAAUUCAAAAAUUACAUACAUACACAGCUACAGAAAUAUUGUGAUGAAAUUACAGACACAGCUAUACGCUCUUACAAUUGUAUCAUUAGUUGAGAUAGAGAUAGAGAUUUCCUGAAGGGGGCGUUGAAAAAACUUAUCUUUGAAAAGGGGGCGGUAAGUUUGGGAAACUCUGCACUAGUCUGUACUUUUGCUAUUUUAUAUAACAACGAAUUUUGCGUUACUCUCUUUGUAACUAUCCUCUCUCUGUUCCGCACUGCUUAUCUCGACAUGAGGAACACGAUCGAUCGAAUUCAGGAUUGCAGGUACGAGGAAAAUCACUUUGCAAUGAGGUCGAUGGAAGAGAAGCGCCUCGAGCAACCUUCCAGAAAUAACCGAAUCAUUUAGAUUUCGUGGAUGGCGGAGGUUGGGCGUGCUUGCCGGGUUGUUACAGAGCCUUCCAGAGCGGCAGGAAGAUGUUGCGUGGAUCGACGAACGUGAAGGGGUGGGUGAUGGAAGGGUAGGAGGAAAAAACGUUGAUACUUUUAUCGGUACUGACGGCCCUGAAGCGCCCACGACCUGGUCUUCAUGGCAUUUUUACUUUGAUCGAGAUUUGCGAACUUGCACAUACCUACGUAGGUACAUCGAGAGUCAAACUUUAUAUUUAACUCAGCACGAGGACGCAGACAUUAAAUAGCUAUAUUUUCAAUAAUACAAACAUAACAAAUGUUAUUUUUAUAAUUAAUAGUUACAUUCUGUGUGUUUCUGACAGGAUUAUAUUUUUCACGUUAUUACGAUAAUAAGAUUCUUUUUCCCGAAAUAUCGCAAUGGUUGUUGGCUCGAAGCUACACCGCAUUUCAUCUUGUAAUAAUCCCGGCGUCACGAGUUUCAUACAUUUACAUCGUUACGACAUAGAAGCCAAUGGUACGUGCUUAGUUUUCAUGCAUAAAAAGCAUAUAACCGCUCGCAAGCAAUUACCCAGCCCUCUAAUUGGCAUAUAACGUAUAGUGUCGCGUGUAUUGUCUUGCACUGUAUCCAACGUGUACGAAAACCGUGUAUGGAUAGCUUGUUGCGACCCAUUACUUUGGAAUUUAAUUGGCACACGUUGCAGAACAGCAUGGCGUAUCUCGUUGAAUCGCAUGGAAUGCACGGUGCGAUCAAUACCCAUCGGAUAAAGAUACCGGUUAUGGCAGUAAUUAUUCCCUAAAACAGCGUGCUUUUACAUUAUGUCAGUACAACUUGUUAUUACAGUUAAACCAGAUAUUAUUUAGUAAUUGAUAUUAGAUAUACAAUUUCAUUGUGUCGAUAUUGAUUACAACAUGCGAUUUACUGUCGGGGUAACGCCGACGCUAAUUAUAAAUUCUGUCGACAUUUCAUUGUACGUAUCAAUCACAUUCUCGUGUACCGCGUAUCAUCCCUCUCGUCGAAAACUUUCCUCUCCCUUCGAGCGCGUUUUUCCGACAUCACGGAGUAUACUAUCUCUGCGCGAAGAUUACGUACGAUAGCACAUUAUAGCGAGUUUAUCAUCGUGUGAAUUAAUGAAGGGCUUGCCCUUCCGCAAUUAUC